AGCGGAUGCCCCUGGGGGGCUUUGGAGCUGUGCCCCGGAGCUGGGUGACCUCAAACCGUCGCCGCCGGAGCCGAUGGGUGCCGUUGGGGUGGGGAUGGGGGGGGCGGUGUUGUCAUGUGUGUGUGUGUCCCCCCCGAUGUCUCCCAUCCCCGCAGGCUGCUGGUGGGGGCCCCCUGGGACGGCCCGGAGGGUGACCGCCGCGGGGACGUCUACAAGUGCCACGUGGGCUCACCCAACGCCACGUGUGCCAAAGCCAACCUCGGCACCGCGGCCCUGCAGCGCUCCCCCCUGCCCAGCCGCAACAUGCACCUGGGGAUGACGCUCCUGGACAGCAAGGACGGCGGCUUCGUGGCCUGCGCCCCGCUGUGGUCCCAGGAGUGCGGCACCUCCGUCUUCAGCACCGGCGUCUGCGCCCGCGUGGACGGCGACCUGCGGCCCGUGGAGACCAUCGCGCCCACGGCACAGCGCUGCUCCACCUACAUGGACAUCGUCAUCGUCCUCGAUGGCUCCAACAGCAUCUACCCCUGGUAUGAGGUGCAGAACUUCCUCAGCAACGUCCUCAGCAAGUUCUUCAUCGGGCCGGGACAGAUCCAGGUCGGGGUGCUGCAGUACGGGGAGCACGCGGUGCACGAGUGGACGCUGGGGCAGCACCGCACGGCCGAGGAGGUGGUGGAGGCGGCCAGGAACAUCAGCCGGCAGGAGGGCCGCGAGACGCGCACGGCCUUCGCCAUCCACCAGGCGUGCACCGAAGCCUUCAGCCCCGAGCGGGGUGGCCGGGAGGAUGCCACCAGGUUGAUGAUCGUGGUGACGGACGGCGAGUCGCACGACGGGGACGAGCUGCCCGAGGCGCUGGAGGAGUGCGAGAGGCGCAACAUCACGCGCUACGCCAUCGCCGUGCUGGGGCACUACCUGCGCCGGCAGCAGGACCCCGAGGACUUCAUCCGCGAGAUCAAGUACAUCGCCAGCGACCCGGACGAGAAGUAUUUCUUCAACGUCACCGACGAGGCCGCCCUCAACGACAUCGUGGACGCUUUGGGCGACCGCAUCUUCAGCCUGGAAGGCACCCACGGGAACAACGAGAGCUCCUUCGAGCUGGAGAUGUCGCAGAUCGGUUUCUCCAUCCACCUCCUGGAGGACGGGAUCCUCUUCGGGGCCGUGGGCGCCUACGACUGGGACGGGGCCGUGCUGGAGGAGAGCCGCCGCGGCCGCAUCGUGCCCCCCCGGGAAGCCUUCGAGCCGGAGUUCCCGCUGGAGCUGAAGAACCACGCGGCGUAUUUGGGUACUGGGGGGGGGUCCCCGGGGGCGCGCCGUGCCCCGGGGUCUGGGACGGAGCAGGGAUGCCCCAGGGGGAAGCGGGGGAGCCUCAGCACCCGAGGGACGCUCAGCACCCUGGGGGUGGAGGGGAAAAGGGGGAAGUUUGGCACCCGAAGGUGCUCCGUGC